GCCGUGGCCCCGGCAUUUCCUGGUACCGACCGGAGCCUAGGGCAGCUGAGUCUGGCUCGGUGCCCCGAAGCUCUCGUCCUAGGGGCCUGCUGCAGCUACUAAGAUAGUGGGGUGGCAGGUGGUGAGACAAUGCCAGGAACAAGACCUAAUCAGCUACAAGGGAAGCCCUGAGAUUCCAGACCUUUUGGGCUGACUUAGGAGUGACAUCUUUCUCCUUACACUUGGGAUCCAAGAUGUAAAGGCUAUCAGAAAUAGAAUUGGGAACAGUGCAGCCACCAUUGUGCCGAGUGCCAAAUUCAAUCUUGCAGAACCCUGUCUCCUCUGCUACCUUCCAGCCUGAGAUGCUAGCCCAGUGACUGCAGCCAGGUGGUCGUCUCGGCAGGGGUUGAGUCACCCUCAUGGAAGGGAGAUGACCCUACCGGAUCUACGACCCAGGGGGCAGCACGCCUUUGGGAGAGGCAUCAGCAGCUUUUGAACGCCUAGUGGUGGAGAAUACCCGGCUGAAGGGAAAAAUACAAGGGAUAAAGACGUUAGGGGAGCUCCUAGAGGAGUCUCAGAUGGAAGCAUCCAGGCUCAGACAGAAGGCUGAGGAGCUGGUCAAGGACACUGAGCUGCCUCCACCGCCACCUGCUCCUUCCUUGGGCUCCUUCGAUCCCCUGGCUGAGCUCACAGGACAGGAUACACAGGUCCAGGUACAUCCUCCUGCCACCACUCCCACCACCACCACCACUCCCACCACCACUGAAAACUCCAUGGAGAAGCCAGCACCAACCUCCAGGCCUUCAUCCAAUGGCACCUCCUCUGACUUUGAAGUGGUCCCCAAUGAGGAGCAGAAUUCUCCACCCAAAACUGACAGCCACCCUAGGAACAUGAUGACCUUGUGCGAGCAGCUGCGUCAGGAGAAUGAAGCCCUGAAGGCCAAGUUGGACAAGGGUCUGGAACAGCGGGAUCAAGCUGCUGAAAGGCUACGGGAGGAGAACAUGGAGCUCAAAAAACUGUUGAUGAACAGCAGCUGCAAAGAGAGCCUCUGUGGGCAGCCCAGCUCCCCAAAGACAGAGGGUGCUGGCAAGAAGGGUAUGGCCGGACAGCAGCAGGCAGGUAAAGUCCCCGAGGUGGGGGUCUUGGGUACCGCUGAGAAGAAGGUGAAGGUGCUGGAACAGCAACGUAUGGAGCUGCUGGAAGUGAACAAGCAGUGGGACCAGCAUUUCCGGUCCAUGAAGCAGCAGUAUGAGCAGAAGAUCACAGAGUUACGCCAGAAGCUAGUGGACCUGCAGAAACAGGUGACUGAGCUGGAGGCUGAGCGUGAGCAGAAGCAGCGGGACUUUGACCAGAAACUCCUCCUGGCUAAGUCGAAGAUUGAGAUGGAAGAGACUGAUAAGGAACGGCUGACAGUGGAGGCCAAGGAGUUGCACAAGAAAGUCAGGCACCUGCAGGAUCAGCUGAGUCCACUCACCCGGCAUCGAGAAUACCAGGAAAAGGAGAUCCAGCGGCUCAAUAAGGCCCUGGAGGAUGCCCUCAGCAUCCAGGCCUCUCCAUCAUCACCAACACCAGCUUUUGGAAGCCCAGAAGGGGCUGGGAGCCACCUGAGGAAGCAGGAGCUAGUGACACAGAAUGAGCUGCUGAAACAGCAGGUAAAGAUCUUUGAGGAGGACUUCCAGAGGGAACGGAGUGACCGUGAGCGCAUGAAUGAAGAGAAGGAAGAGCUGAAGAAGCAGGUAGAGAAGCUGCAGGCCCAGGUCACCCUGUCAAAUGUUCAGCUCAAAGCACUCAAAGAUGAGGAGAAGGCCAGAGAAGCCCUCAAGCAGCAGAAGAGGAAAGCAAAGGCCUCAGGAGAGCGCUACCACGUCGAACCCCACCCUGAGCACCUCUGCGGCGCCUAUCCCUAUGCCUACCCACCCAUGCCACCCAUGGGGCCUCACCAUGCUUUCAAGGACUGGUCCCAGAUCCGCUACCCUCCACCCGCCAUGCCCAUGGAGCACCCGCCCCCACUCCCCAACUCUCACCUCUUCCAUCUGGCAGAGUACACCUGGCUUCCACCCUAUGCAGGGAUUCGGAAUCCCACCUCCCAAGUGAUGGAUCCACCCCCAGACAGGCCUACAGAACCAGAGUCUGCAAAAAAUGACUGUGAGGGGCCUCAGUGAGACCACAUUGGGUCAUUUGGCUCCACCUUCAUCUUGCAGAGCCAGCUGACCUCAGAUUGCCGAGAAACUAGAAGCCAUGUGCACGUUCUGUGUGGCCCACGCCUUGGCUGAACAGAGAGGCUGGGAGGAGCAGGCAACUUACAUCCCCAGCCCCACCUCCAACUGUUUACAAGACUAGGGAGACUCCACCCACAAGGCCUCAAGUUUUUCUGGAUGCAGCUAGGAGAAAUUCAACGCACCCUGCCUCUUGCCAAGACAAAGGGGCUUCACCUGGCUUUGACUUGCCCCCUUUUGCUGAGGCCACUGGCUGUCCAUUCUAAGAGUGGGGUGCAACUAACACCCUUUCCUCUCAGAACCGUGAAGAAUUGGUUCCAGGCUCUCCAGAGACCACGCCCAUUUCAUGUGCAUGUGUAAUUUUUGCUUCAAGCUCUGUAGCAGGAUCUGCAUCAUGCCCCUCUCCUUACCCCUCUGUGAGGAGUUAUGGGAAGGGGGCUUUGUCUCUAGAGAAGAGAGUGGUGGCAUGUUCUGAUGCUAGCGUGCACUCCACUGCACCCAUGGCAGCCUCUGAGAGCCACCAUGAUCUGGGAUACAGGCCACAUCAUCCAUGUCUGCUGAAGGGCCCCAGCCUGAAGCUGCCUUCGGCCCACACAAAUCUUGGACAUAAAUCCAACUUGAGAAUCAA